AUGAACGAGCUGAUCCCCACGGCCGGGGGCCACAUGUCGACUGACGGUCCAGACGAGACUCAAGCCAUGCCUGAUGUCGCCACGGUCACCGCCAACAGUACCUGCCCUACCUGCACUACUGCGCUGAUGAGCUUGAAGAAAGCCGAGCAAGCGCUGGGGGAGCUCGCAUGGGAGCUGGAGGGCGAGAGAAAGUCCAGUGCGCGGCUCAAGGCCGUGUGCCGGAUACUCUUUGAAGAAGCGCUUGCCAAGGAACGCGCAUCAUCCACUGUCGCUUCGGGCGCCGCUACUGCUCCUGGCCGGACUUCAGGUGGCACGCGGGAGCGGACUUUUCUUUUCGACGACGGUGGGACGACGAUUGAAACUCCCUGGCCUGUGCAGGCGGUGGGUGACCAGGACUCUCAGGAACCCACCGCAUUCGGCGUUUACCACAACUACCGCGCUCUGUAUUGUCCUGUGAGGUCCAUCUUCAAUUUCAGUAGCCGUCAUGCAGGUUCUAUUCGGGUUUUGACCGUGAACAACUUGUGCACGUUAAAGGAGUCGGUAUUCGGGGCCUCGGCCUUGAGCUUUGGAUUGUUGGUUGUCCUCCCCAGCGAGAGCAGGGUGAAGGGGUCUCGCCACCCUGUCCCCCCUCUUCCCUCCAUACUUCAUACUUCUCACCCCAGCACAGCACUUCGGUGUCAUCACUCAGAUAUCGUCUAUUUCUCAUACACACGGCACCAUCAGCCUCACCAAGCCCACAGCAUGAAUCGUCAGGAUGUUCCAACGGUCGAUGAGGAACUGAAGGCUCAGGCUGUCCUUCGACGGGAAGGAGAGCUGAAGCGUGCCACCGUCAACAGUACGACCGCCACUGCCGGUAAAUGCCCGAGUUGUACUCCAUGUACGCAUGCCACCCAGCUGACUUGUACAGAGGGGGUCGCGAGCAGCGCGGCGACCGACAAUACCACGACUCCCGAUGCCACGGUCGACGACACGGACUGGAAGGAGGUGGCGCGGAUCUUGCAAGACGAGCUGACAGUCCUCCGGAAGAAGUUCGAUGCUCAGACAGAGGAGCUGGAUGUCACGAAAGAGAAGGUCCGCAAAUUCGGGGACACCUGGCGGACCCUGUACCCCGAGUCCGCGGUGCCUGCCCCUGGGCGCCCCUCAUUCCAAUCGAAUAUCGCUUCUCGAGUCACCGCUACUUUUGAGGUUGAGCAAGAUGGCGCAUUGGAGGUCACGCGGCGUUAUUUCUGCGAUCUGGAGCAACUCAUACUCAUACAAUGUCCGACCCCAACGACGGUAUGUUCUCUUCCAGCUCAGCCUCAGCGUCGACUCUGGGUACAAUCCGGUAUAGUCAGCAGCGGCAGGACGGGCGGUAUGAUCUCCCGGCGCGCGGCAUCCGGUAAACACGUUCCCGCCCUUUGUUCAGCUCAGUCCACCACCUCGCUCCAGCUUCGGCUCAGCCUACACCCUUCGCCUCUUCACCUCCCCAUCUCUUUCAUCUGGCAAAAGGAAGGCGGCGCAGCCGAGCGUGGUGACCGGUCCCCUGUUCGGGGAGCCGACCGGGAGCGAUCCCCAAGACGCGAGAGGGAGCGGAGCAGGUCUCCUGUGCGGAACGGCGGUGGUGGCGGCGGUGGUGGUGCCCAGGGCGGCGAUGAGCGCGCGUCUAGGCCCGAGAUCCAGAACCAAGGAAACAACCUCCACGUCAGCGGUAUCGCCCGUAACAUUGACGAGCGGAUGCUUGAGGAUCUCUUCAACACCGCCGGGAAGGUGUACAAGGCUGAGAUCAUGCUUGACCCCCACACCCCUGAUCUUCUAGGCGAGUCCCGUGGCUUCGGUUUCGUCAAGAUGGACACCAGCGACGACGCCAAUGCCGCUAUUGAGAAGUUCAACGGCACCACCCAGGAGGGCAAGGUCAUGACCGUCGCUCACGCUCGUCGUGGUCGCGCUCGUACCCCCACUCCCGGUCGCUACCACGGAGUCAAGAUUGAGGGUGGUCCCCCCGGAUCCGGCUACGGCGGCGGUGGUGGUGGCCGCUACGGUGGUCCUCCCGGUGGCUUUGACAGGCCUUACCAGCCCCGGUCAUACGACUCGCGAUACAGUGACCGCGGACCUCCUCGUGGUGGCUACGAUGAUCGCCGCUACGACGACCGGCGCCACGACGACCGUGGUGGAUCCCGGUACGACGAGCGGCCCCGGUACGACGAUCGCCCGCGGUACGAUGACCGUCGUGGUGGACCGCCCGACGACGGCCGGGGACCCCCUCCUCCUAUGGACCGGUAA